AGCCCCCCUUUCAACCACCCACAAAACACCUUGCAGUACCCCCCAAAAGCUUCCAUACACACGGAGAAAGAAAAAGGAUCGAAUGAUGCGUCGUAGCCAGACUCUCCUGCGCGUCAGCGCUUUCUCCCUUUACAUGCAGGACCUCGGCAAAACUGGUACGCUGAAGGGCGACCGAAAGGCCACCAAAACGUCCGCCAAGUUGUACCGUCAGCUUUCUACGCCGGAGAAGACGGCGCUGGCGAAGCGGGCGAAGCGCAUUUCCUACCCGGCCCUCGACGCGUACAACCGCUUUCAGAAGGAGUACGCUCACCGUUUUCUGCACCUGUCCAACAGGAAGCGCCAACGUGAGGUGGCGAAUCUGUGGGCGGAGCUGAAGAAGAACGGCACGGUGAAGGUGCCGAAGAGUCCGAAGAGCGCAAGCAGCAAGGUCAAGAAGGCCGCAAAAGAAGUGGAGAAACCAAAGAAGGUGCUGAAGGCUAAGAAGGCGCACAAGUAA